GGGUCUUAAUCGCUCUCGCCGCUGUAGUCAUCGCUCUCCGCCUUAACUUGCGAAUUAAGAUCCAAAGACAAAAGCUUCUAAUAUGCGACUUUGUGAUGUGCGCGGCAUGGUUCGCCGCCUUCGGAACAUCUGCCUUCGACAUCAAGUUUGCACAGCUCGGCGUGUUUGACAAGGGUGUAUCAAUACGACUAGAUGGGUACGAUGGCGGGCCCGAAAACACCCAGCUAAUACUGAAACUAUGCUGGGCGGCCAGUCUUGCUUUUUUCACGUCCACUUACCUUUGCAAGGCAACACUUCUAUCUCUUUACUUGCAUUUAUUUCCUCACUUUAUGGUCAAGCAGAGAAUAUUUAUUUGGGUGACAGCUGCCUACACGGCUGUGUCAUACUUAAUUAGUGCGAAUCUCAUUCUUUUUCUUUGUCUUCCGAUCAGGUCGUAUUGGUCUCUCGAUCCCGAAACCAAAUGCUCGUAUAGAUCAAUCGCGUUGUGCUUUCAGGUGACUUGGGCUCUACACUUCGGCGGGGAUGUUUUCAUCUUCGCUAUCCCGUGGUUAAUCGUGCCUGGGCUACAAAUGAAGACAACGCUCAAAGUUGGCCUAUAUUGCACUUUCCUCCUCGGCACUAUCAACAUCGUUUUCUGCAUUCUCCGAUUUACCUCGAUCCAAGUCUCGCAAGGAGUAGCAUGUUUGCCAUCGCUAGGAGGCUAUUUCCGGAAACGGCAAGGCACGAACUCGGGUGUUGAUUCAAAUACACAUGCCAGCUCAAACAUUGUGAGGCCAUUAGGGGCAGAGUCCGACGAUAUUACUAAGCCCUGCAACAUGGCUUCUAUAAGUCAAUGUUACCCAUCUCGUCUUUCAUCCAACACUAAUGGGCUUGAUGGCGACCCGUGGGACGAUGGAAGAAAAAGCGAUACGAGUGAUAUUGAGUUAGUGGAGGUGAGGACACGAGGGGAGUCUUGAUACUAACACUAAAAGGUCACAUUCCAUCACAACUUCAUGCUGUCGUUCACUCUCCUCUUGAAGUGGGGUCUAUCGCUGAGCACCUGAGAAUUGUUCCAUCAGCAUUCUAUCUGUCACCGGACAGACAAUUUCCUACAUCAGCCACAAUAACAAGAGCAAUCUUCGUGUCUACCAGAUAUGGGGCCUUCGAAGUUAAAGAACUUGCGUCCAUUGAUUAGCUUAAUAAGGAUUUGUCGCCACGGACACGCCAUUCUGUGACACAUAUUCGUAUCCAGCGUAUAUUUCUCUAUGUAUCUAUGAUGGC